GAGCAUGGUGGCCUCUUUUAAAGAGCCACUCUGUUAUCAGAGUAUAUAAUGACAACAAAACAAUUUUCUGGAAGGAUAGGUGGCUGGGAAACAGAAGUUUGGAGGAGCUAUUUCCUGGUAUGUUUGCUCUGGCACAACAUCAGAACAAAACAGUGGCUGAAAUGUGGUCACCUCAAUGUUGGCAGUUGAUCUUAAGAAGAAUGUUGAAUGACUGGGAAAUACCUAGACUAGUUGAGCUUUAUAAACAUUUGGAGUCUUUCCUAGGGCUGAAGGAUGGGGUGGACUGUUUGUGGUGGACUUGGCAUAACAAGGGGCACUACAAAAUGAGUUCAGGCUAUAAGAUCAUGAAUAUGACUGAGCCACAAAGCUCUAACUAGCCAAGGAGACAAAUUUGGAAAGUUAAGAUACCUCUUAAGGUUGCAUGCUUUACAUGGUUGCUAGCCAAAGAAGCUGUUUUGACACAUGAAAACCUGAGAAAGAGAAGGAUUAUCUUAGUUUCAAAUUGUUGCUUAUGUGGGGAAGCAGCGGAGACAGUAGGACAUCUAUCUUUACAUUGCAGAAUUACUGACCAGCUAUGGAAGACUUUUAUCAAUCUCAGAGGCAUAUGUUGGACAAUGCCUAGCAAAAUUGUUGACACCAGUGUUAUCAAAGGCGCGCUUAAGCUCUGAAGCGAGGCUCAAAACAUGUUGAGCGCUUCGCCUCGCUUUAUGUGCGCUUCAGUGUCGUCAUCAAGGCUCUAAAACAUACUUUUUCUAGCCAGUGAGCCUCUCUUGAGGAGGUGACACUAGAUGAUUGAUAUUUCACUUUAUCGUAAUAUUUUUACAAUUUCUUUGUCCAUAUAUUUGUUAUUCAUGCUUAUUAUUAUUAAUCUUGGACUAUAUAUAUAUAUUUGUAUUUUUGCACCAUUGCGCUUUUAUUUUUCAUUAAAGACCACACUUUAUUUGCGCUUUGCACUUAAAGCCCCAGCUGACCUUAGAGCUCUUUUGCGCUUUUCGCUUUUGAUAACACUGGUUGACACUCUUUCUAGCUGGGAGGAGGCUAGGAUUGGGGCAAGGAAUAGAAGCUACUGGAGGAUCAUUCCAGCUUGCAUAUGGUGGACCAUCUGGAAAGAAAGGAACUCCAGAUGGGUUGAGGAUAGAAGUAGCACUCUACAGAAGAUCAAGCAAGACUGUAUGUUGCUAUUUUGUUUUUGGUGUACAAAGAAUCCAUCUGUAGAUGCAGAAUCAAUCCUAGACGUUCUUGACUCAUGAUGAUGGCACUCCUGUCUCAAUAUUUGCGCUUACGGGGAGUAAUGCAAACGAUGGACAUUUAGCUGCUGGUCGAAAUGGUGUCAAGCGACUUCGCACUGUUAGACAUCCAAACAUUUUGUCAUUUCUUUACAGCACCGAAGCAGAAACUUUUGAUGGUUCUACUACUAAGGUUACAAUCUAUAUUGUUACUGAACCUGUCAUGCCACUCUCGGAGAAGCUCAAGGAAUUAGGAUUAAAAGGUACCCAGAGAGACGAAUAUUACGCAUGGGGAUUGCAUCGAAUAGCCAAAGCUGUGAGCUUCUUGAAUAAUGACUGUAAACUUGUUCAUGGCAAUGUUUGCCUGGCUAGUGUUGUCGUUACUCAAACUGUAGAUUGGAAGUUGCAUGCCUUUGAUGUUCUUUCUGAGUUUGAUGGGAAUAAUGAGUCUUUUGUCGGACCAAUGCUGCAAUAUGAUUGGCUUAUUGGUGCACAGUACAAACCCACGGAGCUGCUCAAAUCUGACUGGACGUCAAUCAGAAAAUCUCCACCUUGGGCCAUAGAUUCUUGGGGUUUGGGCUGUCUUAUCUACGAACUCUUUUCUUGUACAAAAUUAAGCAAAACAGAGGAGGUGCACAAUACUGCUUCCAUUCCAAAGUCUCUACUUCCAGAUUAUCAACGUCUCUUAAGUGCUACACCUGCUUGCAGAUUGAAUUCAUCAAAACUUCUGGAGAAUGGUGAAUAUUUCCAAAAUAAGUUAUUGGAGACCAUACAGUUCAUGGAAAUUCUUAAUCUCAAAGACAGUGUUGAAAAGGACAUUUUCUUCCGAUACAUUUCAGUUCAGUGCGACUUAUGUCUGAAAUCAAAGCAAAUUAAACAAUGUUUGUUGCAGUUGCUUCCUUUGCUAGCUUCUGCAUUAGAAUUUGGUUCAGCUGCUGCACCUGCUUUAACGGCGUUGUUAAAAAUGGGUUCUUGGCUUUCAAAUGAAGAGUUCAGUCUCAAGGUGCUGCCAACCAUUGUAAAACUCUUUGGCUCCAAUGAUCGCGCUAUCCGAGUCAGUCUACUGCAGAAUAUUGAUCAGUACGGGGAGUCGUUAUCUUCACAAAUUGUCGAUGAGCAGGUGUAUGCUCAUGUGGCUACUGGGUUCUCUGACACAUCUGCAUUUCUUCGGGAGUUGACGCUUAGAUCUAUGCUUGUAUUAGCUCCUAAGCUGUCACAUCGCACUAUAUCUGGGUCUCUGUUGAAGUAUCUCUCCAAGCUACAGGUUGAUGAAGAACCAGAAAUUAGAACGAACACUACCAUAUUGCUUGGAAACAUUGCCAGUUACCUCAAUGAGGGGACAAGGAAAAGAGUUCAAAUAAAUGCGUUCACUGUUCGUGCCUUGCGUGAUACAUAUCCACUUGCUAGAGGAGCAGGUGUAAAGGCGCUGAGUGCUACCAGUUCUUAUUAUGACGUGACUGAGAUUGCAACUAGAAUUUUACCUAAUAUUGUCGUACUGACCAUUGAUCCAGACAGUGAUGUUCGGUCAGAAGCAUUCCAAGCGGUUGACCAAUUUUUGCAAAUAGUCAAGGAGCACCAUGAUAAGCCAAGCACCGGAGAUACCAGCACUACAAGCAUGGGAAGUUCAUCAAUUCCUGGAAAUGCGGGUCUGCUUGGUUGGGCUAUGAGCUCCCUGACUCUUAAAGGAGGCAAAUCCCCUGAACAGAGUUCCAAUACUCCAGUUAUUUCUAGUGUGCUUCUUACUUCUGCAGUCUCCGGUGCUAGCUCAAUUGCAGAUAGUUCGAGUAUAACACCGGUCCAUAUAAGUUCUGGAGGAGCAGAUGUUGCAGAUCAUCCAGUACCAGUAUCCCCAACAUCAACUGAUGGCUGGGGAGAACUUGAAAAUGGAAUUCAUGAGGGUCAUGGCAGUGACAAAGAUGGUUGGGAUGACAUAGAAGAGCCAAAACCAUCUCCUUCUCCGGAAAAUAUUCAAGCCGCUCAAAGACGUUCUGUCUCUCAACCAAAACCACAAGGUACAGGUUUGCGGGGUAAAACCACUCCUAAGAUGAGUAAAUAUGAUGAUGAAGAUUUGCGGGGUUCUGUAGCUGUUCCUGCUCCAAGAGCAACUUCUCAGCCAUCAAGCUCGAGAGCAAACAGAAAGGUUGAUGAUAACAACCCUUGGGCUGCCAUAUCAGCCCCAGCUCCUUCGGCAAAACCUUUGAAUGUGAAAAGAAGUGGAGCACUUGAUGACAAUGAUCCCUGGGCUGCUAUUGCAGCUCCUGUGCCAACUACCACAUCGAGACCUUCAAUUGGGCGAGGCCGAGGAACCAAACCCGCGGCUCCUAGACUGGGUGCGCAAAGAGUUAACCGGACAUCAUCUGGAAUGUAAGUUACAAAAGAAAACUAGGCUCAGCACCAAAUCUGAGGUAAUCAUGUACAUUUUUUUGCACCCCUCAGGCGGCUACAGUUCCAACUAAAAUAUAUAAUUGAAAGUUCUAUAGAUGUGUUGUAUUAUUAGAUUCCUCAAGGACAACGGGAUGUGUACCACUAAUUGCUUCCCCUAGUCAAAGCACUCAAAAUUUCACCCUGUAAGAAAAGUAAUCAAUUCUUUGUAGAUGAUAGAUCCCAUUAUUUUCGGCGUAAAUGUAGAGAGUGGUGGCUUUCUUUUGCCGCUGGCGGCUAAAUCUAUAUCGCUUGUUCGUCAUUGUGAAAGCUCUUCAGUAUCUUUGUUUUGUU